GCCUCAAGGAAGCUUCCUGGAAGCUCACUUUCACUCCUCCAUUUAACCACCCCACCUUCCUCUCUCCUUCUGCUCAUCCACUUCUUUCUCUCUCUAAAUCUUCGACAUUCCUUCCACCACCGUUGCAGCCAUGAAAAUAGCCGCUAAAAUCAACCCUAAGAACCUCUUCCGAUCAAAGAAAAGCCGCUCGGUUUCCCGAUCCAAUCCGUCUUCUUUCGGCUCUUACGCUACGACGUCGUCUAGCUCACCGGAGCACAGCCAUCGCCACCACCAGUUCAAAUCAACAGGUGUUGCUACACCUACCAGCGUGUUGCGUGUACACUCUCGCUCACACGAAAUAUCUUCCGAUGAGUGGUCGGAGAAUUCUACAGACGGACAGUUCGAAUUGGUGCAGGCGUUCAGGUUUAUUGACAGCGAUGGUGACGGAAGGAUAACGAGGGAGGAGCUGGAGGCGCUUUUGAACCGAAUCGGAGGAUCGGAGCCAUCAAUCCGAGAAGAGCUGAGCCUGAUGCUGAGCGAAGUCGAUAGAGACGGCGACGGGAUCAUUACUCUGGAGGAGUUCGGAGCCAUAAGCUCCGCCUUCGCACCACCGGCUUGUGACACGGAGCUUAGAGACGUGUUUAAAUUCUUCGACACCGAUCACGACGGGAGGAUCACGGCGGAGGAAUUGUUUGCGGUGUUCAAUUCGAUAGGGGGAGGGUGUACGUUAGAAGAAUGCAGGAGCAUGAUAAGUAGCGUGGACAAGAAUGGGGAUGGGUUCGUGUGCUUCGAGGACUUCUCACGUAUGAUGGAGCAGCAAAGAUGAAAGCCUGAUUUGCCAUUGAUUUUUCUAAUAUGUUUGUGGGGGUAUAUGAGACGAAGAAGAUGAUGGUGUUAAUAGGUUUCCGAGUUUUCAUUUCAAGGAUAUAUACCUAAAAACGAGUGUGUGAUUAGAUGUUAUAAAUGGUUGGACAGAAUCCGUGUGCUAUUUGCCAUGUGUCUGUUUCCAGUUGGUUCUCGUAUCUGCUCUGUUUCCACAGGAAAAUGACUUCGAGAUAUUUCAAUUUUUACUAUCUAAAA